CAGCGACGCAUGCGACCCUGAUUGCGACAACGGUGACAGCUGGACUGACUUUUUUUUUUCACUUCCCGUAGUCGCCUUUAUGCAGGGCCACACUAUGCGAAAGACUUGCUACACCAUUCCUUUAAAGAACUAAACAAUCUCUUAUUGACGGACUUUCUAGCCCAAGAAAAUCCUCAUCAUGCCGUUGACCUUCUGUCCUAACUGCAGCAAUGCGCUCACCAUCUCUCGCGCCGAGCCGACCUCGAGACAUCCGUUAGGCGUCAAUCGCUUCGAAUGCCGCACCUGCCCGUACCAAUAUGUCCUAGAACAGAGCUGGUUCGAGAAGACUCCGAUGAAGCAAAAGGAGGUCGAGGAUGUAUUCGGAGGCAAGGAAGAAUUUGCGAAUGCGGAUAGCGUCGCCACCCAAUGCCCCGCAGAGAACUGUAAUGGCGACCGUGCAUAUUUCUUCCAGCUGCAGAUUCGGAGUGCAGAUGAACCGAUGACUACAUUCUUGAAGUGUACCACGUGUGGCGCCAGAUGGAGAGAAAACUGAUGCCUCUGCCCCUCGAUACUCAAUUCGAGAGUAUAUGCCUAUCAUUUAUUUCGGAAAAUCGUUUUUCUUCUCGUGGAUUAGACUAUAGAGGGAAGCAGUGGGUUUUGUGUUCCCGAUGCAGCUAUGGGUUGCUGUUGCUUUUUUGGAGUCGAGUCCUGCUGUCGACCUUGGGCCCUUGUGGUCGCCUAAGAUGAUGUAUACAUCUAACUAAAACAGAUACCCC